AUGGACGACGACCGCGUCGCCUUGCUCGGCGAGACGCCGCCGACACGUCGUCCGUCUUUAACGCGAGAUGUAUCGCGCGCGUUCGUCAUCGCCGUCGCCCUCAUCGCCGGUCUCGUCGGCUUCGCGGUGUCGCGUGAAGAGGGUGUUGGCCCGAACGAGCCCGCGCUCGGACGUUCGUGGAAGAGCUCGGACGAUCUCGCGCGAUGGGCGCACGUCGCCAUGCGCGCCAAGGAACGCGGGCGCGUGUUCACGCCCGCGGCGGCGCACCGCGUGGUGGUGAUGGCGAUGAGCUCGGGCGACAACGCGGCGCAGGCGAACGAGUGGGCGGCGUCGCUCAAAGACGUAGGCUUGACGAAAUUCAUGAUCGGAUGCGGGGACGAGAAGUGCUUGAGACCGUUACAAGCGCUUGGUGCGCCCGUGUUCGAUGCGAGGGAGUCGACGGGGGGAUUCAUGAUGGACGGGGGGUCAACGGACGACGCCGCGAGGUGGGCCGGGCUGGCCGCCGCGGAAUCUUUAUUAGACUUAGGAUACACCGUCAUGUUGACGCAGCCGACGGUGCGGUUCAGGAGGAACCCGAUGGAGGUUGUUGCGGACUCUAUCUCUCGACACGACUCGACGCACGGAGCGGUGUUCGCGAUGCGAGGCGCGACGUCGAUGAACGUCACACAAGCGGAACUCGGCGCGUGGACGGAUGGGACGUCUCUGGCGUCGCUUCGAGACGAUUUCGUCAUCUUCACCCCGGGGUCGCAGCCUUUGAUUCGAUCGGUGUUGUCGUGUUUCAAUUCGUCCUUGCCUGAGGACGUCGCGAGUUUGGGACAGAGCGAAGACGAGUUGUCGACGCCAGCGGAGACAGAGUUCAAUUACAAAUCCAACGCUGCGUACGUGCUAAAUCACGUCUUAAGCAAGGAUGCGGGGCUGAGAUGGAAGAGUCCGAAUGGGAAGCCCGCCGCCGCGGCGCCGUUCAAGACGAAACCGCGCGAGAUCGCGGUCGACGCCGCGCUUUUGGGUGCCGACGGUUCGGUUCCUGGCGUCACGACGGAGCUCUCCGGUAUCGCGAGCAUCGGCGACCACCCCAUCACCGUCGUCCUUCUGGACACCGUCGUCGCGCGCGCGCACUGCAACGACGCCGAUGCCGAUCACAUGCGUAAGACGUACGUCGUCGGGUGCGAUUUAGACGACGCCUCGCUCGCCGGUCGACGCGUAGAAAUCGACCAUCAGUGCGUCAUCUUAAAGGCGUUGGAAGCGUCGGGUGAGGGAUUCGGUCGAGGGCCCGCGCAUUUAUUCGGCGCAUUCGAGCAUGUCAAGGGUGCGGACAGCCCGAUCGCGGACUCAAGAGGCUUCUUAGGCGCCCUCGACGCGUGUCGAUUGUAA